AUUUUACGCAUUUUUGAUAGAAUUAUUUACUUGUACGUCCUUGUGCCGUUACGUUUCGGAAACUCGCCUAAACUAUGCUGUAGCGAUUUGUCUGCUACAACGAAACAGUUUGCUAAAUAACAAAACUACUUAGGCAUUCCUGGAUUAAUACAGGAAACUGCACCGUACACAAGCGACACCUGAAACUGUACUGCCUGUUGCGUCAGAGACACGCGUGAUCUGCGUGUCCUGGGUAAAGCCCUUUUUAUCUCGCGAAAAAUAAGAGAUAUGUUUGCUGUCAGACAAGGAAAUCAGCUGUUUAGAGUUUCCGAAACUGCGUUCCACGGUUUGAGUUCAGUUUGUAUACGAAAAGCAAUGGAUUACGCAAAGUUCGCUUUGCCAUCACGAUAUCACGGAUCAGAAAAAAGCGUUUGGGUCGAAUAUAUACAGCUUGCACUUGAGCACAAACCACUGAACCUGGGACAAGGUUUUCCAGAUUUCGCCGCCCCAGACUAUGUGACGAAAGCUUUAUCAGAUGCAACUCUAAGUGACAAUGUUUUAUUAAACCAGUACACAAGAGGAUUUGGACAUCCACGUCUAAUAAGUGCUCUCAGCAAACUGUAUUCAAAGUUAAUUGGAAGAAGUAUUGAUGCUCAGAGUGAAAUUCUUGUUACAUGUGGAGCAUAUGAAGCAUUGUUUGCUUCUAUACUUGGCCACACAAACCCUGGUGAUGAAGUUAUAAUUAUUGAACCAUAUUUUGACUGCUAUGUGCCAAUGGUGCGUGCAGGAGGUGGUGUACCACGCUUCAUUCCUCUUAGGCCGAAAAAAGCUGAGGGUACAGUCAGCUCCUCUGAUUGGGUGCUGGAUGAAAAAGAACUGGAGGGCCUGUUCAAUAGCAAAACUAAAGCAAUAAUAUUAAACACUCCUAAUAACCCUGUUGGAAAGGUCUUCAGUCAGAGAGAACUGGAACUUAUUGCCCAACUGUGCAAGAAAUGGAAUGUUUUAUGCAUUUCUGAUGAAGUUUAUGAGUGGCUUGUCUACAAACCAAAUAAACAUAUACGAAUUGCAUCACUUCCGGGUAUGUGGGAACGAACAAUUACUAUUGGUUCAGCUGGAAAAACUUUUAGUGUUACGGGCUGGAAAAUUGGAUGGGCAUAUGGUCCAGCCCCACUUAUGAAAAAUCUCCAAGCAGUCCAUCAGAACAGUGUAUACACUUGCUCAACACCACUGCAGGAAGCAGUAGCAAAAGGAUUUGAAAUAGAAAUUGAACGAAUGGGAUCACCUGAGUGUUACUUUGAAAGUCUUGCUGCUGAGCUUGUAACAAAGAGAGACUAUAUGGCAAAGUUCCUGUCUGAAGUUGGUAUGAAUCCAACUAUUCCAGAAGGAGGAUACUUCAUGAUUGCUGACUGGUCACCCUUGGAGUCUAAAGUCAAUUUAAAUGAUGAAACUGAUAAAUAUAAGGAUUAUCGUUUCACCAAAUGGAUGACGAAAAAUGUUAAGCUUCAAGGAAUACCACCAUCUGCUUUCUAUUCUGAUGAACACAAGAACCUGGCUGAAAACUUUGUUCGUUACUGUUUCAUUAAGAAAGAUGAAAACCUGCAGAAAGCACAUACUAUUCUGAAAAACUGGAAGAAAUAGUAAUCCUGGUGAACUGAAACAUUAAUUUAAACUGCUUGCUCUUUGGAGUUAUGUCUAAAGUAAAUGCCUGACGGAGGCGAUGUUAAACCUGCUUGGUUUUGUCUCCUGUAAAUUGCAAUCUCUUUUUAUAUUUGUUCCUAUUAAAAAUUUAUAUUGUAAGGUAGAAGUACAUGUACUGAAAUAUGAAAAAAAGGAACAGGUAAAAAAUUCACUUGUAAGUGAAUAAAUUAUUUUAUGAUAAUAA